UGUUCAAUAUCAUUUGUAAUCUUCGUAAAGAUAAAGCUGCUCUAUAAAUAUUAAAACUGUGUAUAUAAAACACACACUGAGUAAAGGAACAACUGUAACAACAUGUUUAAAGUAAGCAUAAAUAAUGUCGUCCUGACUUUGGCCACCUUAAUGUCGCUGCUACACAUAUCUGCUGUGGUCGCAGCAUCAGCAAACAUUCGGACGUAUAAGAUAUUAGAGGGAGACAACCUUUUAAUCAUGUGUAACGUAACAGAAAAUCCAGACAUUGAUGUUUAUUGGACUAAAAAUGAAACAAAAAGCCAAUUCUUGCAACUGGGUAAACGUUUGGAAAUACUCAAGAUCACGCGGAAAUAUUCUGGAGAUUAUGUAUGUCAUGCAUUGAAUACGUCAUUUCCGGUCCAGGACUACAACGAAACGGAUGUGAACAAGACCAUUGAAGUGAUCAAAGUAGAUGUGCAAUAUCCUGGUGAAAUUAACACAUUUUAUGGUGGACCAUAUGAAGUGAUGGAGAAUGAAACUUUCUCUAUCACGUGUGAUUUUCAAGCAAACCCUUAUCCAACCUGGUCUAUACGUAACCGAGAUACUGGUUAUGCCAUGAUCACUGCAACAUUGCCAGGUUUUGCGACGGUGACUUCACCACCUGCGAUAUGUGACUAUACGGGUUACUGGGAAUGUACGGGGCGGAAUAAAUUAAAUCACGGUGUGAAUGUAACACGAGGGCAAAAUAUAACGGUUUUCUGCCCACCUAGACCACAGUUUGGUAAAAAUGAAUAUUCAAUUAAGGCAACGGUUGGUCACUCGGCACAGUUAAAGAUGUCUGCCCAGGCAAAUCCUCGUGCCAAGUUCACGUGGUUCAAAGAUGACGGAACAGAUCUUUCUACAAUUGCAGUACAAAACGAUUAUUUGGAUGAGACAAAUUUGACGUUCUCGCCAGUGUCUGUGCCUUGUUUUGGAACGUAUACGUUAAAGAUGGAGAAUAAAUACGGAAUUAACUUUGCGCAUUAUCAAAUAACCGCUGAUGGUCCGCCGGAAACACCAACAAAUUUUCAUUACUCUGACGUAACGUAUGACAGUGUGAGAUUACGGUGGACGUCAGGUUUUGACAUGGGCUCCAGACAACAUUUCAUUGUUAUGAAGCUAAUUGGAAACCAAUUUAUUCAAGUAUCUGAUACUGUAUAUGAUAAUUCACCAAACCAUGGUAUAAAUCAGACCUGGACAUAUAAAUUAGACGGAUUGGUCAGUAACACCGAAUACAACUUAACAGUAGUUGCAUUAAAUGAUCGUGGACUCUGGUCAGCUUUUGCUAAACCGUCCAUCAAAUUCAGGACAAAACAUUACCCGGAUGUCUUUUCUAACGACAGCCCGACUAACUUGAGACUGAUACUUGGUAUAUUACUUGGUACAUUAGGAACCCUCGGUUUUCUUGCUUUUAUAGUUUAUAUGGUGAAAUACAGAAGAAUGAGAACAUCUUAUGAUACAGUCAGUGAGAAGAAAGCCAUUAUUCAAAAAUGUUAACUGUUGUAUCUAACUGUGAAUAUACAGUGCCGUAUACAUUAAAGUGCCGUAAACAUUAAAUGUGAACGAUUUCGAAAAAACUUAUUUGAAAAAUAAAUCAUAAAAAAACAAAAACAUUUUCUAUGCAAGACACGUAAUACAUAAUUAUUAUAAAAGAAGUUUUCAAACUUAUUUUUAAUACAUGAAUUUGCAAAGAAGUUGUUUGAAAGGUUCGUUGAACAAUUCAUAAAAACA